UGCAUGACCCCCUGAACUCCAUCCAGGUGCAUGCAUACAUGCCAACCUAAGUACUCAAUUCGCAUAGCCUCCGGGAAGCAUGCUCGACUACAGCCAAUAUGAGUACCGCUCCAGACCAACAAACUUCAACAAUGCCAGAGCUCCCCUUACCAGCGGGCAUCACCUCCGCCUACGUCGAUUGCAACUCAUCCUGCGGCCUCAUCUGGCACAUCCUCACGUCCGGCUCGCCGGGGCAGCCCCUUGUGCUCUUCUGCCACGGGUUCCCAGAGCUCGCAUUCUCGUGGCGCAAGAUCCUCCCCCGCAUAGCGGAAGCAGGGCCCGGCUACCUCUGCGUGGCGAUGGACCAGCGCGGGUACGGGCGCACGCGUGGGUGUCCGGCGCACGAGGCGUCCGCGGACGUCGACAACUACGUCUUCACGAACCUCGUGCGCGACCUCGUGUGCCUCGUCCGCGCGCUCGGCUACACCGCCGCGCACAGCAUCGUGGGCCACGACUUUGGGGCUGUCAGCUCCGCCAUGGCCGCGCUCAUGCGCCCGGACGUUUUCAGGUCGACCAUCCAGAUGAGUCAUCCGCACCAUCGGCCCCCGGAACCUAGACAGCACGAUGACAAGAGUGAACAGGUGGAUAUACAAGCCGAGCUCGCGGAGCUAAGCCCGCCGAGGAAGCAUUACAAGUGGUACAACUCGACCCCCGGCGCGGCGAGCGAGUGGGAGAACCCGGCGCAGGGGCUCGAGGCGUUCCUGAGGGGGUACUUCCACCUGAAGUCCGCGGACUGGGCCGGCAAUGCGCCGCGCCCGCUGAGCGGGUGGAGUGCGCAGGCGCUGCAGGAGAUGCCGGAGUACUACAUCAUGCGGGCGGGGCUGUCGAUGCCGGAGACGGUGGCGGCGAAUAUGGCUGGUGAAGAAGAAGAGGCGGAGGGGGGGGAGCGCUGGCUCAGCCGGCAAGACCUCCAGGUGUACUGCGACGAGUGGCGGCGCACCGGGUUCCAGGGCGCGCUGAACUGGUACCGCGCGCAGACGGCGUCGACGCCGCGGGCCCGCCGCGACUUAUUUCUGUUCGCGGGCCGCGCUAUCCAGGUUCCGUGCUUGUUUCUCGGUGGCGUUAAGGACUGGGGUGUUUAUCAGCAGCCCGGCGCGCUGGAGGGGUAUGAGGAUCCGAGGACGGUGGAGAGGGGGUGUUUUAGGGGCGUGAGGCUGGUGGAGGGCGCGGGGCAUUGGGUGCAGCAGGAACAGCCGGAGGUGGUGGUAGAGGAGAUUUUGAGGUUCUUUGAGACGUUGUGAGGCUGAUAGGUACCUAGGACUGUUGUAGAUUUGGGGUGGUUGUGUGGUAUUCAUGGAUGUGUUAAUAGUUGCAAACGAUAGGUGCCUACAGUGCUUAUGGCAUCUUUCUAUACCUACCUACAUGUAGUACCUAAUUACUUGGUAUGUUACCUAGUAUGUACUAUGCAUGUGUAGGUCAGAGUGGGAUGGGAUGGUUCGAAUACAUAGGUACAUUGAAAGUGCAGGAAGGGACAGCAUUGAAUAAAG